UUCCAAUUUUACAAAACUUCCAAACUGGAUUAAUCUAUAUGAUCGAGCUUCGCGUAUUCCUCUUGCAUUUUAUGGUCGUAUAUGGAGAACGGAUUCUGAUAUCAUUCAAUAUUUGGUCCGACCGUGCACAACAAAUGAAAAAAACUGUUCGUAAACAUCGUGUAUCGUCUUUUAAAUAUAAUCAUGGAACUAAGAAAAUAGAUAAGCUGGACAGCUUUGCUUUACCUGAUGACACUACAGAGACGCAAAACAGCGACGUUGUUUGAAAUAAAGGAUGGAAAUGGCAGUGAUCGAAAGCAAUUUUUUCGAAUUACAGAUAAUCAAACUGGUGCUUGUCUUCUUUGUAUUAAUGUCACUGGGAUGAAGAAGCAUGGGGUUGUUAUUAAAGAUUCUGUAUUUGGUGUAUUCAAAUGGUCUCCUAAUGAAGAUAAACUACUCUAUCUGGCAGAACGUCAAGAAAAACCUGCAGAAUUUUAUGAUGCUGACUUGGAAUGGAAUGAUACAGAAAAAUUGGCUAAAUUAAAAAUUGGCGAUAAAUUUAAGGUAGUUGAAAGUUGGGGUGAACAGUGUGUUGAAGUGAAGCGACCUAUUAUUUCUGUUUUGGAUAUUAAUGAAGAGAAAAUUGAUAUUUUUGAUGAAGAAUGGAUGGAUAAAAUUACUCCUGAAUCUAUUGUUUGGUGUCCAGAUAAUUCUUCAAUUGUUUUCUUUGGUCUAGACAAUGAACCUUUUAAACUUGGACGGAUAUUUUGUGAUAAUAGACCAGGAAAACUUUAUACUUUUAAUUUCAACACAAAACAACUUAUUCAAUUAAUAACGAACCCCCAAGAUGAAUGUUUAAAAAAUAAUUUCGCUUCUUUCAACCAACUUUCAUUUUCUCCUGAUGGCAGUUAUUUGAUUUUCUUUGCAAGAAAGGCUGGUGGCCCUCAUUCUGCUUGUUUUGCACUUUGCAAAAUUGAUUGGAAUUCUUGUGACAAAAUUUCAGAAAUUGUUGUGCCAAUUGUUGAUUAUCUAACAAAUGAGAAUUCUUUUGUUGGUAUUUUUGGUCAAUAUGUAUCUAACCGUGCAUGGGACAGUACUGGACAAAUUUUCUUUUUCACAAGUCUUUCACGUUCUAAAACGGCAAGUUUUUUUAAAUAG